AUGAAGUACCCUCUGGUGCCGCUGGUGAACGACCUCACACUCUCUUUCCUGGUGUUCUGGCUCUGCCUGCCUGUGAGUUUGCUGCUAUUCUUGAUGAUCGUCUGGUUACGCUUCUUACUUAGUCAAGAUUCAAAGGAAGAUGAUUCAGAUUUAUGUUUCAACUGGGAUCUCUGGAACAAAGAACCAACUGAGUCUGUCUAUGAGGGGACAUUCCAUGGCCAGGAGGACAGGUUCCACUACUGCCUGACUGUGAAGCAUGGUCAAGCACCACGUUCUAUAGUCUUCACGGCAGUCCUGGCCAUGCAGUCCAGGCCCCAGAUCACUGCCCCAACCUGUCUGGAAGUACGUGGGAUGGACCCUGAGGGGAAGCGGGAGCAGCCAGGCCCUUCUGCACCUGCCAAGGAAGAUGAAAACUCCUGGGGUUGGUGGGAGAAGAUCUGA